AUGCUCUCUCAUUCAUUUUUCGCUCUCGUGGCUCUCGCAGCAUCCUCCUUCCUCUGGGUUCCAGAGACCCAGGCAUGCCAUAACCACGGAGGCAGUCCUGCUUAUUGGCUCGCGAAUCUGCGAAACUCGACUGGUACCACGUCUCCGUUUAUGAAUGCCCCUGGUGUUCGCAAGAUUCGUUUCUCCGACGGUGCCGCACCAGUCUUGCUCUCUGCAUUUGAAAAAGAUGAGCUCGAGCGCUCCGGUUUCAGAUACUUUGAUGUGACGGAGAACGAUCUCGACGAAGUCCGUGCACAACGCGCUGCUGCUGGUGAUUUAAACCUCGUAGCAACUUUCCCUUCUGGUCCAACGCACCAGAGCGAGGUAAAGGCAAUCAUCUCCACACUCUCAAUCGACAACCUCAAGUCCGAUCUUGCGGUACUCACCGCCUACAAUAACCGCUACUAUCGCUCUAGUACCGGUGCUGCAUCCGCAAACGACCUCGCUGCGAAACUCAAGACGAUUGCCUCUGCUGCUCCAGGUACCGGAGGCGCCAUCACAGUCAAGACUUUUUCCAACACUUUCACGAUGCCAUCUGUCAUUGCACGUAUUGAAGGUACAAAUCCUACGGCACCAGUCGUGAUUAUUGGCGCACAUCUUGACACGAUUAACCAAGGUUCUCCGAUGAACGGCCGUGCUCCUGGUGCAGACGACGAUGGAUCCGGGUCUGUCAACCUCAUCGAGGCCUUCCGCAAAAUGACCGCUGCCGGAUUCAAACCAGCUAAUCCGGUCGAAUAUCACUGGUAUGCUGGCGAGGAGGGCGGUCUCCUUGGAAGCUCAGCCAUUGCCAAGGCGUAUGCCAGCGCUGGCACGGCAGUCAGGGGAAUGCUCCAAUUGGAUAUGACUGGAUACGUCAAGCCUGGGACGAACCCAGUUGUUGGCUUUAUCACCGACUAUGUCGACGCAUCACUAACGGCAUUUACCAAGACGCUAAUCAAUGCCUAUUUGACCAAUAUUGGUAUCGCCGAAUCCAAAUGUGGAUACGCAUGCUCCGACCACGCCUCUUGGACAAGCUCAGGGUAUUCUUCAGUAUUUCCAUUUGAGAGCACCUUUUCGAACGACAAUCCUAGCAUUCACGGCGACGGAGAUACCGUCAAUGUCAAUGGUUUCGACUGGGACCACAGCUUGCAGUUUACGAAACUCGCUGUAGCGUUCCUUAUGGAGCUUUCGCUUCCCGGCUCGGCCACUCCGAGCAGCAGCAGCAGCAGCACAGUUGUGACCACAAGCACCAGCUCUACACGCCCUUCAUCCACAACAACCACUGCUCGCCCAACUUCCACAACCUCUUCGUCUUCCCGCCGUUCUACGACGACUACGACAUCGUCAAAUGCGUGCCCACGAUGGUGGCCAAAUUGCCCUUGGGCGUGA